AUGGCUUCCAUGGUCAUGGCUCCACGGGCCCAUGAUUUCUGGAUUGGUGGCCCAAAUUUGACCAUGGUCUAUUUGAGCGACAUCCAAGACUUUGAGACGGCAGCCCAAGAGCUCUUCAAGCAACAACCACUGAGGACGCGAUAUCUGGUGAAGUAUCGGCACAAAGAGGGCAAGGUGGUGCUGAAAGUGACCAAUGAUAGGAUAUGCCUGAAAUUCAAGACUGAGCUCAUUGCCUAUUUGAAACAUGUAGAGAGUUUCACGCAGAAGUUUGUGGGCUGGACAGCGACGAAGGAUCUUUCAAAAGUAGAGGAGCUGGACGCCGAAUUGGAGGAUGCCAAAAAGGCUGCGAAGCCUAAACCAACGGCCAAGUCCAAGCGUCGGAAAGGCCAGGGGCUAGACUCUCUAGACCGCCGACGCCCGGAUCGAACCCAUGUGUUGGAGCUGGAGUUGAAGGAGGAUGAGGCUGAUCAAGCUGCAGGCUUCCAAUCUUUGGUAGAUGUCAUGCAGGUGCUGGUUCUCACGGACUUGGAGCUGUGUUACUGGCCUCCAAGUACCUCUUCGGAGGAGGAGGCCCGUUGUGGUUUGCGACAGUUGGCAUCUGCAGCACGGCGUCGUGGAAUUCUGGCAGCACAGCGGGUCCUGAGGAGCGUGGAUCCCAAGCUCGUUUCCAAGUGUCCCCUGACCUGUCAGCCUGAGGAGGUGGGUCCUUCCAAAGAUGCCUCCCAGCUGCUGGGCCAAGUCACCAAACAUCCAGCCCUACGUGCCAGCGAGUUCGCCGAGCGUGGCCUUGGUCUCACCCUGACAGAGGAGCUGGGCGCGGAGACGGAGCUGCUCAUGGUGCCAGAGGAGAUGCUCCUGAACAUCUACACAGCUUUGAAGUCCAAGCACUUCGGUCCCAUCGCGGAAAAGCUGCUGCAAAGUGGGCUGCACGUGGAGACGGUGACCAUGCUCUUUGCAAUCCUUGAGCAUAGGAGCAGGGACCAAGACCACCAAGACCCGCGUUGGAAGGAGUUGUUGGAACGAGCGCCUCCGUUGACUGAGGAGUUGUUGCCUCUCACAUGGCCCAUUGAGGCGGUGGAAGAGUUGGGGCAGCAGCUGGCCCAAUUGGUGGAGGACCUUGGAUGUCUGGCUCAAUCCCGCUGUGGCGCCAUGGGUUGUGGGGCGUCCACCGGCCACUUCGCGGAGCAAUCCUAUGCAAAGUUCAAGGCGGACGGCGAGGACAAAGAGACCUUGCCGCUGCGGAGUUUUUACCGUGCCAUUUCCAAUUCCUUCUCAGAUGUGAAUGAGAGCCGGAAGGAUCGCAAAGACAAGGGUGUGGACGUUUGCCCAAUCAUCAAUCAGAAUCCUUACUGCUGCAACACUGCGAAACACAAAGCUGAUCAACACAAGGGAAUGCGAACCUUGGAGGAGCUCAUUGCCGGUGUGUUCGGGGCGAACGUGGGCGGCAUCCAGCGGGACGAGAACGUCGCGAUUUCGCUGGAGCUCUGGAGAUCGCUCUGCGACGGACUGGUGAAGGUCUGCAAGUCCUAUUGGCACGAUGAGGAUCGGGUGAAGUUGACAGAAAAUGUCGUGGAGAUGUGUCUCCAACUUGGUCGCCCGGACAGCUCCUGGUGCAAACGCGUGCGAUGCUUCUGCCACUUCGAGGUACAUAUGGUGGAACCCAAAGCUGGCCAUCCAGGUGGCAAACGCAUAGUUGAUGGCAAAUUUUUCUUCAUGAAGCUCGAGUCGAACAGCGAGGAGGGCGAACUUGUCUACCCUGCCAAGCCUGGAAAGGAGUGGGACAGCACCCCGGCCUCGUGGAUCAACUACCGUUAUGGGAAGGAAGACUCUUCCACUGAACAGCUGAAGAUCGAUGUGCUGGAAUGGACGGCAGGCAACUGGGUCCACACGGAGACCAUGGUGAAUCCACAAGAUGUCUUUGAACUAUGA